UACUUUUUCCUCGAUUGCUUUGAUUGCUCUGCGGAGGUCGUAAGCGGAUAAUUGGCAAUAAAGUAUCAGUUAUGUAUUUCUUUUUAUCUCAGAAUAUUCUUCCUGUCGUAUUUGCCGUGCUAGUGGUAUUGAUUACUUGGUACCUAUGGCGAAGAAUGGUUAAGGGGCCAGGGUCGAAUUCUGGGGAAGAAACACACUUAGUGACGGUAAAACAGAAGGAUGAUGAUAACAAUGAGGUGACAGUUGAGGAGGCUACAAAGUUUCUGGAAGGAGCAGGAAUUAUAAAGGCAAAAGAUAUUCAUUACCUCAGUGAGGAUGAAAAAGAGAAGAUUUGUAGAGAGUCUAGUGAACCCAUCUCAGAGGAGCCAGAAAAGAGAAAGGAGAAAGAAAUGACAAUGGCAGAUGCUUCCAACAUUCAGACUUACUACAAGUCAAGUCGAUUGGGUAUCAAAGAUAUUGAAAACCAAAUGACUGAAGAGGAAUUGGAUCAAGAAAAAGAGAUGCAGAGGAAACAGCUGGAAGAGAUUUUCAAGCUGCUAGAAAAUGAUAAGGACAAGUAUGGUGUAACAACAAUGGAUGAUCUACAAGCACAGAUGAAGUUAUACACGAGAUAGUACUCUAAUAAUUAACUUGUUAUUUUGUGUAAAGAGAUCAGGAUAACUCAAGCAGUUGUUCUUAUUUUGAAGUCAUCAGUAUGUAAAAAUAAUUUAUUUGCAGGGUUGACUUAAUUACAUAAACUAAAGAGUAUGUUUUCUGUUUUUAUUUAUAUAUUUGUUAUUGUUUUACUUUUAUUAUUAGAACUAAAGGCUGUUUAAAACAGGUCAUUUUAAGGUUCUACACUAUGAAGGUAGAACUUAAAUGCAAUUUAAACUUUCUGAUAUUUAAGGAAUCCCUUUGUUUUAGAUAUUUAUUUUCAAUGCUUUAACAAAUCAUUGAACUCUCUUCUGAAUUUUUGCAUCUUAUUAAGUUAUUUCCUCCAGAGGCAAUCUUUGACUUCUACUUAACAAUUGGUUCAUAUGUCAGCGAGUGUUCAUCGAGAUAUGAAGCACACGGGAAGUUUGGAGAGCAUGAAAGAUGCGUAAGAGUUGCUAGAGGCGUAGCCGAGAGCAACUCUAGCUUCUUGAGUGCUCUCCAAACUUCCCGCAUGCUUCAUAUCUCGAUAAACGCACAGCUGAUAUAUGAACCAAUUGUUUCAUAACAUUUUCAACCUGAUGGAAAAUUUUUUUUCUUGAGGGAUUUGUUUGCUGAUGUCAUGAGCGUGCACAAUAGGAAUAUGAAGCACGCUUGCGCAAUUGAAUUUGAUUACACAAAUAUACUGGCUAUGUUAUAAAAGAAAUUUUGGCAUAAAAUUUCAGGUAUCAAACUUGUAUCACACACUAUUUUAUAUUUCAUUAUACUUUGUUUAUUUAACAUAUUGUAAGGAGUAAUUUUUCUUAAAACUGCCACUCAUGUCAUGACUGUUUUCAUGAAAUGAGUUAUAUUCCUGAAAUUUUAGAUACCUCCAUCAUCAUUAGGUAGUUUGAUCUCAGGUUCAACCCUUUAUUAACAUUCAAAUGGUAGUUGAGUUUCAGUAAUACCACUGUUUUGGAGCAUUCAUGAGAUCACCUGUUAAUAAUUAACAAUAUGAUGUUUUUUCCACGAGGUUGAUAUGAUUAUUUCCAAAACCUUACUGUUGGAAACACUUAAUCUUUGUUCAUUGUGGCACUUAAAGCCAUACCCACCAACAGGCAUUUGUUAUGGUAGAUACCCCAUAUAUAUGAUACUCUACCCAACUAAAUAAGGUACCACAGGUACCCCAAAAGAUUAAUAUCUUCUGUUUGAAGUAACUCUAACUGGUAUUUGAUUUAAAGGGGUGUUUUAUUAGCCAAAGGUCAAAGUGAAGUGGAAGGCAUUAGCUGCCAGAUAUAUUGUUUUAACUUGACUUUACAUUUCUAUCUUGUCAAAGUUUUAUAACACAAAAAGUAUCUAUUACAUGUUAGUAAUAUUUGAAGUAAUUUUCCGAUGGUACACUUGCUUUGCGAGCUUUGUUCAGAAAUAUGUUAUACAAAAGAGACAUUCUUGUGAUAAGAUUUGUCAAUUUCCAUUGAAAAAAUUGGAAAUACAUAUAAAGAAGUAGAGCUGGGUCUUACUGAUAAUUUUAUAUAAUUUUUAAAGAAAGAAUGAGCUGUGACCUGAAGUUGUACAUGAUUCUUCAUGUUGCAAAUAGAGAAAAGUUAAACUGGUGUGUAGAAACAUUUGUCAGUAAGUGUUUAUCGCUUUGUGAAAGUGGAAAUAUCUCCAUAAGUAGCUGAUUGACUUGAUUAAGCCCCAUAACCUGGUUAGUAAAGGAAUGGGCGCAGAAUAGCUGGUCUGAUUCGAAAAACUGUGUAUAGUGGAAGCUCAUGCAUAGCAAAUUAUGUUUAAAAAUCCUACAGGCUGAAAUUUGUAAACUUAAGCUCACAAAAACAAAAUGAAAGAGGUCCCAAUCUACUAAAUAUUACAGAAUACUGGUGAACAACAUCUAGUUGUUAUGUGAAAAAACAAAAUCAAUAGGCAGGAAAAAAAAGUACUAUCAGUCCUAAAUUAAGGUUAAGGGCCAAUAAUUCACUGGUUUUCACAUAUCGUAGAAUUAUUACCUUAAUUGACUAACUAUCAGUUUUUUUAACUUAAAGUUUAGAAGCAAAGGUAUCUCAGAAACUUAUCAGCCUGAGUUGUUGAUAUCCAUACAUAACACAUAGAGUGAAUUCCAUCCUAUCACUGAUAGAACAGGAUUUAUUACACGAGUUUUUCAACCCUGUGAACAGAAUCCCCUAUUUUUAGUCCAUGAAAAAUUUUGGAGAGAGUGAGGGUUCCUACCUUCUCUUUGGAAGAUUGGAGGCAACUUUG